AUGCCAAUAGUGAUGGGCAAGGAAGAAUGGUCGCGCAUCGUGAGCUGGACGGACGCCGGUCGAGAGAACGCGGAGUCUUUACGGAAGAAAGAGUACAUCCAGUACUUGCACGACACCAGCCGCGCCAUGACUAAGUCUUGGCCCAACUCCUUGGAGAUCAUAUCCACUCAAAAUAGACUUGAGGAGAACAUAACCAAGCGAUUUGAUGAUUUGCAAGCCCAAAUUUCAAACGCCGGGUCGUCGAAAGACACUGUAGCAAGAAUUGCAGAAGAACUCCGGUCCUUCAGGGAGAUAGUUUCCGGUAUUCUCGGUCUUCUUCGGCAACAGAUCAAAGAAUGCGUACGGCAGGUAGAUGAAAUUGACACCAGAUCGCGGAGGAAAGCUCUUAUCAUAUCCGGAAUGCCAGAGAAAGACAACGAAGACUGCACUCAACGGGUUCUUGAAGUGUUUAAUAACAAUCUUGGUCUCAGUGACAUUUCCAAGUCGUAUAUAAAAUCGUGUCACAGACUAGCAGAGCGCGUCUUCACUUUGGUAUGCGGUAUGUUUGGUCCCAGAGUGGUGUUUAUAGUGGUCAGGACAUCAGACGCCACAAUCCAUAAACUCACUUCUGAGGAGGAGCUGGUUGUCCUUACCACAAAAUAUCCAAAGGCGUCCGGGAAGCCGUCGAAG